AUGGCUGAUCUUCCUGAACACCUUGCCAAAGUGCUGCCUCAACAACGUGAUCUAUUCUACGCGGGAAAGUUCCAGGCGCCCGAGUCGCCCAAGAACUAUGUUGAAACGUACAAUCCAGCCACCGGCAAGGCCAUCACUAAAGUUGCGCAGGCAACUGCGACCGACACCGAGGCAGCCAUCAAAGCGGCGCACGAAGCCUUUCCCGCGUGGCGCGAUACUCGCCCUGAAAAGAGGCGAGAAUACCUACAGAAAGCCGCCGCUAUCGUGCGGAUGCACGCACGACAGCUUGCCUUGAUUGAUUCCAUUAACACGGGGAAUCCUUUCAAGGAGAUGAUACCAGAUGCAAUUACCGCCGCCGACGCUUUAGACUACUUUGCCGGACUGAUUCCCAUGGUUAAAGGUGAGACUGUGCCAAUGGGGCCCGAAGGGUUCCAUUAUACUUUGCGAGAACCGUUGGGUGUCGUGGCGAGGAUCGUUGCAUACAAUCAUCCGAUCAUGUUCUGUGCGCAGAAAAUGGCCGCUCCCUUGGCAGCAGGAAACACGGUCAUAAUGAAGCCCGCCGAACAAGCACCGCUCUCUGCUCUAUAUCUAGCGGAACUUCUCCAUGGCGUUUUCCCACCAGGUGUGGUCUCGAUUGUUAACGGCGGUGUUGACAGUGGAGUCACAUUGUCAACCCACCCGCUGGUGAAAAUGAUUACGCUCAUUGGCAGCGUGCCCACCGGCAAGGCUAUCUACAAGAGUGCCUCGAGCACGUUAAAACCUCUGCUUUUUGAACUUGGCGGCAAGAAUGCCCUUGUUGCCUAUCCGGACGCCGACCUUGAUAAACUUGUCGACGGUAUCACUCGAGGAAUGAACUAUCUGUGGGCCGGUCAGUCUUGUGGCUCUACAUCUCGUGUGUUCCUUCACGAGUCCCUUCAUGACGAAGUUCUGGAGCGCGUCGUUCAAAGAGUUAAGCAAUCAUUUGUUCCUGGCGACCCCACCGAUGAGAAAACCACCAUGGGUCCAUUGAUUUCUCCAGCAGCGCUGGAACGUGUCAAAGGAUUCUGCAGGGAUGCUGUUGCCGAAGGCGCCCGGCUCGUCCUCGGAGGCAAGCAGCCGGAGCAGAUGAAAGAGGGGAAUUUCUUUGAACCGACAAUCUUCGCGGACGUGACACCUGAGAUGCGGAUUGCCAAAGAAGAAGUUUUCGGUCCUAUUCAGAGUAUCUUCAAGUGGAAGGACGAGGAGGACAUGUGGAAGAUUGUGAACAGCACAAACUAUGGCCUCACAGGGGCCGUGUACACGAGCGACCUCAAGACCGCACAAAAAGCGGUGAGUAGGUUUGAGACGGGUUAUGUCUGGGUGAACAACGUGGCAAAACAUUAUCUGAACAUGCCUUUCGGAGGACAGAAGAACUCUGGUCUAGGAAGAGAGGAGUGCUUCGACGAAUUGAUCGCCUUCACUCAACAGAAAGCUGUCAAUAUGUCAUUGGCCUGA